GGUGAACAACAGGUCUCGUUCUUGUCUGCGACCAGUCCGUCCGCUCCCCGAGUCCCCGUCCCAUAGUCUCGUAGUCGUCAGUCAGUCGUCAGUCUCGCGCGUCGCGACGCAGGACAGGACUUUCAGUUUUCGUUAAAAAUGUCUGAAGAGAAAGGAAAGGAGAGAGAGGAGGAAUGUGGUGCAGUGCCGAAAAAAGCGAGACGGAAACAGAAAUAUAGGCCCGAGUGGGACAAACAGUUUCCGUGGGCGGGGCCUGCACAGAAGGAUGCUUGUAAGGCCAUGUGCCUUAUUUGCAGUGUUGAAAUAACCGCCCAGCUCACAACUCUCAAGUUGCACGAAAACACUGCAAAGCACAAGAAAAUGUGUGCGCCAUCCUCAUCCAAAAAACUGAUGGAGUCAUUUACAAGUGCACGUGGUGAUAAUGAAACCAGUAAAAGUGACUGUGUUAAGGCUGCUGAAAUAAGGCUUACUGCAUUUAUGGUGGAACACAAUAUAAGUUUCCGUGUGGCCGAUCAUCUGUGUGAAGUCCUGAAAGGUUGCUUCUCUGACUCCGCUAUUGCAAAGGAAUUGAAAAUGAAAAGAACAAAAUGUCAAAGAGUGUGUGGUAAUGUUAUGGCACACUCUCACAAACAAGAGCUCAUUAACAUCUUGAAGCAGAACAAGUUCACCAUUCUUGUGGAUGAAUCCACAGAUAUAUCGGUCUCUCAGAAUUUAUGCAUCAUGGUAAGAGUGGUUGAAGGAAAUGCUGUUGUCAGAAGUACAAUAAUUUCAACCUGUGUAGUACGAUAAUAUGACCAAAACAAUCUGGCAACGCUGGGCCGCCGCCGCGAGGUUGCUACGUGCUAUAUAGUGUGUUGUGAGCAGGCGUAGAGGUGGUGCGCUAGUGUGGCUGUGAUCGCGGACAACUGAAGCGGACAAAAACCAGGCCAGAGUCCAGGCCGCCGCCCUGCCUGGCACCCACCACUCCAGCCAGCUUCCUCGUGGGUCCCUGCAGGACGGGCUGUGGCGUGUGCUGCCAGGAGCAGUGCUGCAGUGGAGGCUGUGAGGCCAGGCAGCAGCAUGAGUGGCCAGCAGCAGCAGCAGCAGCAGUCUGCCUCAGGUGUGGAGAGGCACAGAUGUGGUGGCAGGAAUCACCAGGAGGCAGGUAGCUCCGGCCACAGAGGAGAGGCCAAGUUUGAGUGUCAGCUGUGUGAUAAAACUUUUAAAUGUAGAAAUGGGCUGAGUUACCAUGCCUUGACACACAGUGGUGUCAGGAAUCAUGAGUGUGAGAAGUGUGGCAAGAAAUUUACCAGAAUGUCUUCCCUCACCAGACACAUCCUGACACACACUGGUGUCAGGAAUUAUGAGUGUGAGGAGUGUGGGAAGAAAUUUACCAGAAAGUCUCACCUCACCACACACUUCCUGACACACACUGGUGCCAGGAAUCAUGAAUGUGAAGAGUGUGGCAAGAAAUUUACUACAAAGAAUAACCUCACCACACACACCCUGACACACACUGGUGUCAGGAAUCAUGAGUGUGAGGAGUGUGGCAAGAAAUUUACCAGAAAGUCCCACCUCGCAACACACACCCUGACACACACUGGUGUCAGGCAUCAUGAGUGUGAGGAGUGUGACAAGAAAUUUACUUCAAAGUCUAUCCUCACCAGACACAUCCUGACACACAGUGAUGUCAGGAAUCAUGAGUGUGAGUUGUGUGGGAAGAAAUUUACCACAAAGAAUAACCUCACCACACACACGCUGACACACACCCACACUGGUAUCAGGAAAUAUGAGUGUGAGGAGUGUGGGAAGAAAUUUACCUCUAAGGGUAAUCUUACUGCACACAUCCUAACACACACUGGUGUCAUGAAUCAUGAGUGUAAGGAGUGUGGCAAGAAAUUUACCAAGAAGUGUAAACUCAUCACACACACCCUGACUCACAGUGGUGUCAAGAAUUACGAGUGUGAAGAGUGUGGCAAAAGAUUUCCUACCAUUGCUGUUCUCAACAGGCACGCCUUCAGACACACUGGCUUGAGGGAGUUCAAGUGUGAUGUUUGUGGCAAGUGUUUCAAGACAAAGCCUGACAUUGCCAAGCAUGUGAAGAUCCACUUUUGAGGUGGCUGUACUGUGGCAUGUGGUGGUGGUGGUGGUAGUGUGGUAGUAAUAGUAGUAGUAGUAGUAGUAGUAGUAGUGGCCCCAACAGCUGUUUUGUUGGCAGUACAAGUGUGGCUCAAUAAAUGUGUCUGUAUGGUGAACCUUGGUGUAUGAGCAUCAGGAGUGUGUUUGUGUAUGCACCAAGUUGUCGUGUGUCAUGGCUGACCUCUGUGUGUGUAUUGUAACAAGUCCCUCCACUCUCAUAUGCAAGAUUGCAGAUGAUGAAACAAUAAUCAGAGAUAAAAUUGUUAAAUAUUUAGAAGAAAAUCAUAAAGGAUUCGCAACACAGUUUCAGAACCAAGUGUUCCUGCUUAACAAACUUACUAGACUUCUUUUAUGAAGUAUUUAACUCAGAUGACGGGACAAAAGCUGUUGAUAUUAUCUACCUUGAUUUCCAGAAAGCUUUCGACACUGUUCCCCAUAAGAGACUCAUCAGUAAAGUAAAAGCUCACGGCAUUGCUAGAAACACCCUGAAAUGGCUGAGAGACUGGCUCUCUGACAGAAAACAGUGUGUUGUGAUUAAUGGAAAAGAGUCAGAGUGGCAUAAGGUAAAUAGCAGCAUUCCUCAAGGCUCUGUAUUAGGACCAGUACUUUUUAUAAUGUACAUUAAUGAUAUUGAUGAAGGGGUAAAUUGCAAAGUAAGUAAAUUUGCAGACGACACCAAAAUAACAAGUAGAGUAACGUCUGUGUCACAGUGGCAGGAACUGCAGUGUGACCUCAAUAAACUAACAAGCAGGGCAGAAAAAUGGCAGAUGUGAUUCAAUAUAGAAAAGUGUAAAAUUCUACACAUUGGAAGCAACAAUGUUCAUGCGAGAAAUGUAAUGAAUAACGUGCCACUGUCAAGCACCGAUAAAGAAAAAGAUCUUGGUGUCAUUGUGUGAGGUCACUGUAUGGAUGUGAACACAAGGAGUUACAGGUGGUCUGAGUCCUGCAGCUAAGUGUGCCAGAUGUGUGACAUGGGAGAGGAUGAGGCAGUGAAGCAUGUGGUGGUGGAGUGUGUGAAGUAUGCCAGAGACAGGAAUGAGAUGAUGCAAGUGGUGCUGAGAGAAUUGGGACAGGCUGUCACAGGGUGCGGGGGUUAUUGUUUUUGAUUGAUGUCUCUCUUCCUCUUUCUGUUUUUUAAUUAAAACUUUUAAUUGAAUUUGGGGUAUUUAUUCAAAGUUGGUAUUGAUGUACUUUACUUUGAUUUAGUUUAUUGUUUAAUUUAGUUUUGAUUCAGCUGUUAUUUAAUGUAUAUAAGGAAAAAAUUAUAUGCCACCAGUGAUGGUUUCUGGCAAAUAACUUAACCUUGCUUUAUAUGGCAGCGUUGUAGCUGGAGGUCUGUAAGGCACUGGAAAACUCCAUGACAACCAGAUUGAGUUUUAUUGAAAUUAGUUUCUAAAUAACUAAUAAAAUUUUUAUA